AUGUUCGGAAAAGUUGCUCUAGAAGAAGCCUUUGCCCUUCCCCGAUUCGCAGAGCGAACACGGUGGUGGGCAGGUCUCUUUGCCGUUGACCCUGAUAAGCAUGCUGCUGAGAUCAACGACAUUACAGAACAGCGCAUCAAGUACAUGAACGAGCAUGGCGUCGGCUAUACAAUCCUCUCAUACACUGCGCCUGGUGUGCAAGAUGUGUUUGAUGCCAAAGAGGCUCAGGCGCUGGCAGUAGAAGUCAACGACUAUGUUGCUGGAGCUAUUCAGAAACACCCUGACCGUCUGGGUGCUUUUGCUACCCUUUCUAUGCAUGACCCCAAAGAAGCUGCCGAGGAACUCCGAAGAGUCGUCACCAAGUAUGGCUUCUUAGGUGCCUUGGUCAACGACACCCAACGAGCUGGCGCCGAUGGAGACGACAUGAUCUUUUACGAUGGCCCUGAGUGGGAUGUCUUCUGGUCAACAGUGACAGAACUCGACGUCCCAUUCUAUCUUCACCCCCGCAACCCAACAGGCAGCAUCCACGAGAAGCUGUGGGCCAAGCGAAGCUGGUUGAUCGGCCCUCCCUUGAGUUUCGCUCACGGUGUCAGCCUCCACGCUCUGGGCAUGGUCACCAACGGCGUGUUCGACAGACAUCCCAAGCUUCAAGUUGUUCUCGGCCAUCUUGGAGAGCACAUUCCCUUCGAUAUGUGGCGUAUCAACCAUUGGUUUGAGGACGUUAAGAAGCCUCUUGGUCUGUCGUGCAAGUUGACUAUCCGCGAGUACUUUGCCAGGAACCUUUGGAUCACAACUAGUGGUCACUUCUCAACAUCUACUCUGCAAUUCUGUCUUGGAGAAGUUGGAGCGGACCGCAUUCUCUUCUCCAUUGACUAUCCAUUUGAGUCGUUCUCGGACGCUUGCACAUGGUAUGAUGGGCUGGCUAUAAAUGAUGUUGAUAAGAGGAAGAUUGGAAAGGAUAAUGCGAAGAAGCUAUUCAAGUUACCUCAGUUCUACCAGAGCGAGGAUUAA